CUACAGUGGAUAAUACAUUACGAGCAUUUAGCUGUGUUGCUGGCUGGACAAAGCACACGUGAUCAGAGCAAAACGUCGCCAUCGGUCGCACCUCCAACUGUCCCACGGAUUUUCGAACAAUGACUUACUGCUCCUCUCACUUAAACUUAUAACCUUGUUUUGACAUGCUCCAAGGUUGAAUUUGUAUGACUUACAGCCGAAUGUCGGGUGUCCCUGACGGUCCAGGCGCUAAGGCCACCCACCCACCAUGGGUUCGCCAUCGGGAGCAGCCAUGGCGUGCUGCUCCACUUCAAUGAGCUCAACUCUGGUUCUUCCACCACUUCAUUUGCGCUUCUGCUUCUUCCCCUAUAAUGGCCCCAGUCGGUUGACCCAUCCGUGCACUCGCUUUCCCUCAUGCGGUUUAGCAGCCCUCGAUCGUAUAUCUGCCCCCGAUGGUGUCAUCGCUUGGUCUCUGAGUGACACUGUCACCAGCCAAUACUGAUGCUUAAAACUUGCUCCUAGAGGGUCCAGAUUCCCCAGAUAAGCGGAAAUAUCGGAAUGGAUGACUGCGUGGACAAAUUAUUUCUUUUCCCGCAGCCGAAGCAGAGUCCGGGAAAAGAAAACAUAUCAGCGCCUGCUGCCCGUAACUCUAUC